CGCAUGCCGCAGGCCCCACUCAGUACGACAGUUGUUCGCUACAGGCGCGGCGCGCGCGCAUCCCGUGCACAUACUUCUACAACAUUCCUUCACUUAAAUCUAGUCAAAAUGUAGUUUUGUGUUUGAUUAUAAUUCAUAUAAAUAUCAAGUGUAGGUGUGAAUUACGGAAAAGUGGAUUACUUUAGUGAUCGUUAAACGAUACGGUCCAAAGAACAAUGCUGUGGGAAAAAAUAACGUACAGCUGGCAUCGUCGUUCGUUCCCAGCUACCUAUCUAACCUCUCUCCCCCCUCGGGCCGGGUGCCGGGUUCAUUGCGCCUCUCCGAGUUUAUUCAUCGUUUGUGGGAAAAGUUGACCCCUGUUUUUAAAAAUUAUUGUUAACAAAUAAUUCACACAAAUAAUGUUUCGGAAACUGCAUCUUCACAAGGCUAUGUUCCUAACUAUGUCAGAAUAUGCAAUAGAUUUACCUCUUCCUAAUUAAUGAUUUUCAUCAUUGUUCUUCUCAGAUAAAGAAGCAUUUUUUUAUUUUCGUGUUUUAUACGCAAUUCUUCAAGGUUUUAUCAUUACGAGGAACAAAAUUAUUUAUUCUGAGAUUUGUUAUAUUUGUUGAGUUUCAACAUCGUCGAAAUUAUUAUCUUAUUGUAUUACGGAUACUGUACGUAUAUCAGAAUAGGACAAAAAUACACUAGAUAUUGGGCAAUACGUACUCGUGAAGUUGUACUUAGAUACUCAUGUCAUGAAUGAAAUUGUGAAACAGACGUUACUGUCAAAUUACAUAGUGUAGUGGAUGAUACAGCGAGUGUUAUGCAGUGGGAUAAUACAGUGAAUAUUUAAGUUUUUAUUCAGUGAAGUGUUUAACAAAAAGUGGCCAAUUUAGAUUAAGCUAUGGGGAAUCAGGGUUCGUCGCCGCACGAGCCUCUGGAUCGUGCCCAAGCCACGCAGAAUGCCGCCACAGACCUCAAAAUGAAAUCGUCAGUCCGCAGCUCGUUGAGGCGGGCGCGCGCGGGCGCCGCGCUGUCGCCGCCGCGGGCCGGCAUGGAGCGCCUGCGCCGGUCCUUCCGCGAGUCCUUCCGCCGCCGCAAGGGCUCGCCGCCAGAGUCCGCGCGCCCGCACCAAUGGCACGCGGACGAAGCCGCCGUCCGCGCCGGCACCUGCACCUUCCCCGUCAAGUACCUGGGCUGCGUCGAAGUGUUCGAGUCCAGGGGCAUGCAAGUUUGCGAGGAGGCACUUAAGGUCUUGAGGAAUUCUCGGCGGAGGCCGGUGCGCGCGGUGCUGCAUGUUAGCGGCGACGGUCUGCGCGUGGUGGAGGAGGAGACCAAGGGGCUCAUCGUGGACCAGACCAUCGAGAAGGUAUCCUUCUGCGCGCCCGACCGCAACCAUGAGCGCGGCUUCAGUUACAUCUGCCGCGACGGCACGACGCGGCGCUGGAUGUGCCACGGGUUCCUGGCGGCGCGCGACAGCGGCGAGCGGCUGUCGCACGCGGUGGGCUGUGCGUUCGCCGCGUGUCUGGAGCGCAAGCAGCGCCGCGACAAGGAGUGCGCCGUCUCCAUGAGCAUCGACGCGGCCUGCCACGCCUUCACGCGGCAGGGCUCCUUCCGCAAGUCUGGAAUAAUAAGCCGCCGCGUGUCGGAAGCGGACGCGGGCGUGUUACCGUCGCCCGCGCCCAUAACGCCGCCGGCCGCCGCGCCGCCGCCCGCGCCGCUGCACGCGCCGCAGUCAGCGCCGCCCCGCGGCGGCUCACACAAUCCAUUCGCGGUGGAGCGCCCGCACGCCGCGCCUCAUCUGCUCGAGCGCCAGGGCUCUUUUAGAGGAUUCGCGCAUCUCAAUAAUAGUUCCCCGUUCAAGCGUCAGAUGUCGCUGCGCAUCAGUGAGCUGCCGUCCAACCUGGAGCGGGCGCGCGCGGGGCUGGGCUCCCCCCCGCGCCUGCCCCCGCAGCCCCUCCCCGCGCCACAGCCCAUCCCCGCGCCCCUUGAGCCGGGCAGCACGGCUGCGGACGCGGAGGACCCGGUGUCGGCGAUGUGCCAGCAGCUGUCGCUGGGGCUGCGCGCGCUGGCGGAGGAGCCGGUGCCGCUGGCGCCGCUGCCCGCCGCCGCCGCGCUGCCGCAUCCCGACGCAUGGCUCGGCAAGGUUGCGCGCGCGCCGAGCCUGGCCAGCACGGGGCGCGCCAGCACGCUGGCCGGCCUCGAGCGCAGCACCAACCCCUUCCUCGCCGACCCGCUCGCCGCCACGGACUAGACUCCGGGCUAUGUCGCGCUCCGCCGUGUAUGUCAGGCGUUUGUCUAUUGAGAUAAAGCGCGGCGCUGAAAUAUCAAAUGUAUGGACGUGUCCUGUAUAGACUAAAUUGGGUCAUUUUUUUAUUCAAUUGACAAAUUUUCACAAAAUGCUAAGUACAUUGUGAACAACUUCCGAAAGAAAUUAACAUUGAAAGAAACACGUAAAAUUUCGCAUUUCCACACAAGUCCGAUCAGCUGAUCAAUCAGUUUAUGUGGACAAAAAAAAUUACAUUAUUUGACGUCGAUUUCUUUGGUAAGCAACUCAGUUUCAUUAUCUGUAUUUGUUCACAACAUUUUUGCAGUGUUAAAAAAUUACCCUGUGUAGUAAUAUAUCCAAAUAUUUGAUAUUUUCGUGUCGAGUCGUAGACCGAUUCAUCUUUAGCAAAUGUAUGUGGUCGAUAUAAUCGCCCAUAGAUUUCGCAAGGUUCCACGGUGUGGCGUCCCGAUUGAAAUUAGCCAUUGUCAAUAUUUGUAGUGCCCGUGGGCCACGAGACACAAAGAUAUGCAACAAAAUCUAUAGCUACACUCACGUCUUAGAAUUUCACUGAAGAUUUAGUGAUCCACUGAUAAUUUAAUCUAUAGACUCCAUUUAUAUAUUGUCCUAAAUUUUUAAUUGAGGACUGAGACCCGAGUUCAAAAAUAAUCGCAAUGCUAUGAAAAUACAAGUUCGCAACGAGAAGUGAAUCUGAUAAAAACAAUGCGUGAAACGUGUUGAAUAAAUAUAGAAUAAAAUAAACAAAAUCGGACUUGGGUUCAUCCCUGUCUCUAUGAUAUCGCAGAGAGUGUAUGUAUCUCGUAUUUCGACAACGUUGAGUUCGAGACAUACUACAUUCUAGAACGCUCCGAAUCGUCUAAUCUCUAUGAUCGAUUUUUAGACAGAAAUCGCUCAAAUUGACAACUGCCAUACUUGCCGUUACUAUAAAUUACAGAUUAAAACUCAUUGAUCAUGAUGAAAUUAGUAAAUAAAUUAAGUAUAUUAUGAAUCAUAAACAUUUUGUGUUUUUUCUUAAUCAAUUUCAUGCCAAAUGUGCAACAAAUUGUGCUUGGAUGAGUGUGAAUCAAACUCGAUAGCGGAGACGUAAUAUCCUAGUAGUAGUAGCAUUAGUGGCAACGAGUGGAUGUAUAUUAAUAUGAAUUUUGGAGAGAUUGUUGACGAUUGUUAUUGUUACAAAUGAAAGCCUUUCGUACUUUAUAGAUGUAUAUUUUACUGAAACCAAUGUGACACAAUGAACUAUUUAUUGACAUAUGUACUUAAUAAUAUUAUAUUAUUGGACUGUGAUGCUUAGUCGCAAAAAAAAAUGACUUCGCUGUUUGUUAGUCCUCACAGCUAGCGAUAAGAAUCGCGUUGCGAUUUAGUGUCAAAUAUUGUCAGAUGUUAUCUCGUGCACUGCAGAUGUAUUACUUGUAGCUGAAUAAAUAUUUAAAAUUAAAUCGUACUUAAGUCCUCGCACUGAGCUUCUGCGUUGCACUCUACUAUGGUGUAUCGUGUGUGUAUGAAAUAAUCAUUAUUAAAAAUAAAAGCUAAUAAGUAAAAUAUACUAUUCGUCCAUGCAGUAUUAAAUAAAAUUGAACGAACGCACUGUCCGUGUGAUGUGUACACUGUACAAGUAAAUACAAUGCAGUAUUUUAUUGAUAACGUAAACUUUACUAUGUAUAGGGGUUUUGGAUAUAUUUUCUUUUUUGUAUAUAAUUGUAAAUUUUGUAGUAUGUUUACCACUUGCCGAAUGUGGAUCUGUUUCUUUUUUACUUUUUUAAAUACAUAGAAAUCAAGUAGGGUGAAAUUAGAAUCGAACAAAUAUUAAUAUAAUUUUAUUGCUAAGUAAUUUCAAUUUAGUGAAAUUCGUGUACUUACGUGUUGUCUUGGUUAGUUUUAUUACUUUAAAUAUUUUUGUUAUUGGUUUAUUUUGUAUUAUUAUCAUUUUGUUGAGACUAGCUUUUUAAUUUCGGGUUAGGCUGAAAUUCAUAUCUUCUCACUUACUACUUUAAAGGCAGCUGAAUUUGAUAACAUUUAUAUAAUUAAAAUAAAUAUAGGUUUGUUAUGUAAAUUUUGAACGUAAUUAUGUAUCAACUUUUCCACCUGGCUCUGUACAUUCCAUUCAGUUUGAUGAAACAAAAAUAGUAGUUCGCUUGGAUGGCCAAAUGCAUAUCACUGUAACCUACUUAUUUAGCCUUCUCUAAGGUGUACCCGCACUUGUACUUACGAUUUGUAAAAAAAUACUUAAAUGUAUACCUACUAGUAGUACUUAACCAACUGUAUACUUAAGAAAAUUGGGCAAUUUUGAAUUGUAAUUCCAUAAUGUAUAAAAUCGAUAAAAUGACCAGCCAUAUUCGGUCACUCUUCUUAUUAAAUAAAUGCACACAAUUAUACAUGCACUUUAUUUUGUGAAUGUGUAAGUAAAUCGUUGUUGAAUAUAAAGUACAUACAACCUAGGACCAUAGAUUAGAUUUAUCAAGGUAUUCUUGUAAUUAUUUUUCUCGGGAUAAAAUUCAAAUGAAGUAUAUUUUUACGAUUUAAAAAGCUUGUUGAAGAUACUUUACAAAUUGUACUUAAAUCAGCAUUGAUGUUACGAUUUAGUUGGAUGUUAUACUGUAUUUGAUCUACAGUAAUUUUAUCACGUCGAGCAUGUAAAUAUCAACGCAUAUAUCUAUGUAGAUACUUAGAAGGCAAGAGUUCAAAUAUUAUGAAAAAUAAAUAUUAUGUUUAGUUGAGAAA